AUGCUAUGCGACGUUGAAGCACGUACUGCUCAUGUACCUCACACACUUAACCAUGCACUUACUCUCACGACUUCUCUUGCAAGCAACAUACAAGAAGGACUAAGGUCCAGAAGAAUGAAGGUGAAGUCUUGGAAAGAUCCAGGUAUCGGUGAAUUUGGAAGCUCGAGAUCCAACGUGCCUUCCUUCGUUCCUCCUCCCUCCUGCUACCUGACAAUAACGGACGGAGCAAAACCCAAAAAUGCCGGGAAAAUGCAAGCGCACCUGGCCCUCGCCGCCUUCCUGAAGUCGCAAGUCUCUCGUGCGCGCUUGCCCGGCUUGUCGGCCUUCGAUUCGACACAGCAGGUCCUGCCAAGCUUCAAGAGGCACAUCUUCUUUCCGUUCUUCCUCACCAGUGACCAGCUGUCUGGAGACAAAAAACCGGGGCCUACAGAUGUUGUGGAUACUUGCUGGAGACACAUGAAUAACACCUUCAAGCUCGACAACGGACGAAAGGCACCGCAAAACCAUCACCGGUUUACGUUAAGGCAAACGGCCUCGACCAUAUUGGCACUACUGGAUGGAUGGAUGGACGGGGUUGGGUUCGGUUCGGUUCCAUCUUCUCAUCCAAGCUCAACUUGGUCCAGAAUGACCAAACCCUCACUUUUUUGCCUCGGCUUCUUUCGACAUCAUCCUUGUUCCGUCCUUAAAGCCCAUCCUGGCGCCCGAGGCAUGGGGGCAUUUGUAGGAUGGGCCCGAGCAACGCCAAAGAUACAAGCUGCUAAGAACAAGGGCGGGGUGGGAACCAACAGCUUGAGCCUUGAAGAAGACGACGAGUCGACAAUCGUUCUUGCCAAUUUGCGACUGACUAGACGGCGAUAUGGCAACGCCGAAAUGCGGUUCAACCAAUUAAGCAUCGCACGUUGGACGAAGCAAAAAAGCCUUUGCGCCGCGGCGCCCCGUAUCAGUACGUCUGGUCUGUACGAUACUUCGCAGCCUUUCACCCACCGAUUCGCGCAGUUCGUCAGGCGCUUUGAAACGGUUGAAAAGCUGCGACAUGGAUCUUGCUUGGGCACGUUGCCGGAACCCAUUGCCCAGCCCAGAGUCCCAGACAUUUGUCUUUCCGACAACGGCAAUGGCGCAUUGGGAGCUUUGGACACCAGCUCCAACUCUAUUUCCGGGACAUGGCCACGGCUUCCUCUCGCCGGCCCAAUCUCGACACCUCUGUUGGCAUUAUCAGAGCUCGCAGUGGCACUCGCUGUCUUGCGCUCAGUCAGUGCCCUCAGGCCCGCAAACACAACCGACUCUGACGAACUCCCAUCGGGGGCUCCGAACUCCCGACGGGUGUUGGACUUGAUAAUCGCGAGUCUAGUAGUCAAGUCUGCGCAACGCAAUUCUCAUCCUGGAGGCUUGCAGCCGGGUUGUCAGGGGGCCGUGGCCAUCGUCGUCCUUCUGGAAGCCCAGGCUGACCCUCCUUGCAAGUUGCCCCUGUACACUAACGCGCAUGAAGUAGUCCACGUCACGAAUCAUCAAGUGCCCAUCCGCCGUGGAGCAUGGCUACCCGACCUUCGUCCUUUUUGUUGGGGGAACGCUAAGCCCAAUUCUGUCAAUCUUCUCUUCAUCGGCCUUGAUCUUCACGGUCCCCCGUGCUUCUCAAAGCGGAACGCGACCAUGAUUUCGUCAUUUGUCGAUGAUGAGAUUGUCACACGAGCUCGGAGCAGACAGCCUACUCGGCCGGAAUGGACAAGAGUGUAUUGCUUGAUGACAACAAGGCUGGCUGGUACGAAUCCGAAGUACAUCUUGAAGCCUCAGCUUGGAUCUUUUGCGCACCUCUCGUGGCUCUUUACAGUACAGUCGUUUACAGCAAAGCUGUCUCCAGUAAUACAUCUUCGUACUCACGGUGGCCUACCACAGUUACAACACGGAAAUCAGCCGACUAGGAAGAGCUUGCUGGCUUACGCGCCUUUCGUUCUCGUCUCCUUUCCCCAACAAAUUCGGCUUCAAAGGCAAACCCCGGCCCCAGCUUCCCCUUUGAACCCUCUUGGCCGCCAGACCGCCCAUCGCCAGAUGACACCCAGCCCCCCUUGCACGGAUGGAAAGACCCGCCGCUGGACCCUGAAAAGUGCCCACGUCUGGUUUAGCCGCGACCUGUUGCUGCAGGUCGAUUCGCCGCUUACAACUCCGCUCGCCCGGGCACGCAGACCCCCGGAGAAGUCGGCGCGCCGGACCGGGCACUGGUUCCUUGGCUUAUGCGUCGGCGCAGCACACGGUGCCGGGUGUCUGCAAGUUGCCAGCCGUGGAUUGGAGCGGCUGUGCUUGAGACGGAAGAGGCGGCGGGCCACCAAAUACCGGGCCCGUUGUGAUUCUCCGACUGAAGCUCGUGGCCAUGCCAACGAAUCGUCCGAUUUCGAUCGCAUCCCAAUAAACAACUUCACAACAAGGCCAGCUGAGAAACAUAUGUGUUUUCUUGCCCGUUUCAAUCAGUCCAUGCGAGCCGAGGCUCAAUGCUUCCCGGCCGAAUCGCUGAGACGCAUCAUCGAUCUGCCCCACAAUCUAAGAAUCUCACCCCAAGCCACGGUGAACGGGCGGGUCCGACGAUCUGACCAUCAUCUGGGGCCAUGCAACCGCGUCUCUCUUCCUUCGACAAUUGACAUCGCAAACUAUCGGGUUCCGACGAGGGCUCGUUACGAUCGAGCCAAAGUCCCCGUUCCCCGCAUCAAGCAGCUUCUCUUGAUUCCCCGUUCCCGCACUACGCCACUCGCGCCCGGGUUGAGAGGGUUACAUGCGCCCAAGUGCCGCUCAGUAGCGCCAUACCCCGCCAAUGCAGAGAGUCCGGUGGGGGGAAUCAUAGGUCCGAGACUCCUCCUUGAGGGAUUCUGCAACCACAAACAAAGAGACGGGUCCCAUCCGCCUGAGGAGACCGCCACAGCGAAAGAGAGAGAGAGUCAGAGAGAGGAGAUGGUUAUGGAGAGAUCCAUUGAGAUGCUUCGUCGCACAGACCCCGCAUCCAUGGCAAACACGAACCCCUGCAGCACCACCAUGCGAGCAGCAGGGGGCUGCCAACGACGACUCGUUUUCCCGUUGCCUUCCCACCCACACAUCCUGACAUCAGUUGAGCAUGAGCUUCCGAGCCAUUUCUACGUUGUAUCGCGUUGUACCACCGAACUGUUCAAUUUGAUUACUAUUCUCAUCUUUCUGUGUUUACUUACCAUCUCAAUCCACUUCAUCAUGGCUACUCUGCCAAAGACUAUUCCUGGCACCGCCGUCGAGCUCCAGCUUCCGGCGCUGCCGACCACCGACUUUUGGAACGAGACUCAAUGGACCGUUCUGAUGUCCUUGCUUGAGGCGGUCCUCCCGCCCAUCUCACGACCGGCGACUCUCACAGACACGGCAAGCCAGAUCCGAGUGUCCGAUGCAGAAUAUGCGGCUGCGCUCCAACUCGCCCAGAACACAAUGAAGAAACCGCCUUCUGAGGAAAAGUUCCAGGAGUACAUGGCGCACAAUCCCGCAAAGGAACCCAAAUUCAUCGAGAGCAUCACCAGGACACUGGCGGCCCUGCCUUCCGGCGCGCAACGUCAACUCGGUGGCGCAAUGGGCGCUCUUGGUACGCGCGCCGGCACGUUGUUUCUCACUGGGUACUGGACCCCAGUUCACCUUCAACCCAUAGAAGUUCGUGAGCAAAUUUUGAAGGCUUGGCAGACGUCCAGGCUCCCCACAAUCAGGGUUCUAUCAAAGUCAAUAUGUCUCCUGGCGCAAAAGGCCGCCGUGCAGACCAAUCCUUUAUUCAUAGAGUUGACGGACUAUAUCGACAUGCCGGACUUCCAGACGCACGGCGAGGGCUUCGACUUCAACUUUAUGCAAUUCGAGUCGACUGGCGAGCCAGCCGUCGUAGAGACCGACGUCGUCAUCGUCGGAUCGGGCUGCGGAGGAGCAGUCGCUGCCAAGGUCCUGGCCGAGGCCGGUCACAAGGUCCUCGUUGUCGACAAGUCGUACUACUACACCCCGAGCCAGCUGCCCAUGUCCCAGGAUGCCGGCUGCUCGUUCCUGUACGAGAACGGAGGCUUCAUCACCAGCGAUGACAACUCGCUCAACAUGGUCGCCGGCAGCUGCUGGGGCGGCGGUGGCACCGUCAACUGGAGCGUCAGUCUCCAGACCCAAGGGUUCGUCCGCAAGGAGUGGUCUGAGCAGCGCGGCCUGCCAUUCUUCACCUCGCCCCAGUUCCAAAACUGCCUUGACAAGGUCUGCGAUUUCAUGGGCGUCAGUACCGACAAGGUCCGCCACAACCACCGCAACCAGGUGCUGCUGGACGGGUCCCGGAAGCUCGGAUGGCACGCCGCCACGGCCCCGCAGAACACCGGCGGGAUGGAGCACUACUGCGGGCAGUGCCACCUCGGCUGUGGGUCGACUGAAAAGCAGGGGCCAACCGUGAGCUGGCUGCCGGCAGCGGCGGGAUCUGGAGCCAAGUUUAUCGAGGGCUUCGAGGUUGAGAAGGUCACCUUUGACGAGACCAGCGGGUCCAAGCGAGCGACGGGCGUAGUUGGAAAGUGGGUUUCGAGGGGAGCCAACGGCAGCACCAGCGCGGCUUUGGAGCAGCGGACCACACGACAGGUUGUUAUCAAGGCCAAGAAGGUUAUCAUGUCGGCUGGAUCAGUUUCGAGCCCCUUGGUGCUGUUGAGAAGCGGUUUGACGAACCGACACCUCGGUCGUAAUCUCUAUGUCCAUCCCUGCAAUUUUGUAGGAGGCUACUGGAAGGAGGACUGCAAGCCAUGGGAGGGCGGUAUCAUCACGAGUUACUGCUCCUCAUUCGAGGACCUCGACAAGGCCGGUCACGGUGUGAAGCUGGAGCCUACUUGCAUGAUCCCUUACGCAAUCCUGUCCAGCAUGCCCUGGCACUCUGGCCUCCAGGCCAAGCUCAGCGAGCUCCGCUUCCGCCACUUUGGUGCCUUCAUCUCCCUCACCCGCGACCGCGACCCCGGCCGCGUGUACCCGGACCCCAUCUCCGGCCGCCCCCGCAUCGACUACGUCGUCUCCGACUUUGACCGCGCGAACACCCUCGAGGGCGUCGUCGCCCUCUGCAAAAUCUGCUACGUUGAGGGCGCGACGGAGAUUCACGCCGGUCUGCCCGGUCUCGAACCCUUUGUCAAGGAGGACCACGCCGAGCCUCCCUCAAAGGAGAAGGAGACGGCAGCCGCGUCGUCUUCGGCUUCGGACAGCGGCGACGAGGCGAUCCUCGACGGCGUCAACGAUCCCAAGUUCGUCGCGUGGCUUGAUAAGUUGCGUAGGGUGGGCAACGCGCCGCCCGUGGCCAUCUUUUCGUCUGCGCACCAGAUGGGUACGUGUCGUAUGGCGCCUAACGAGGACGAGGGCGUGGUGGGACCCAAGGGUCAUGUUUGGGGCACGGAGAAUCUGUUUGUCGCGGACGCGAGUGUUUUCCCUAGCGCCAGCGGGGUGAAUCCCAUGAUUACGAAUAUGGCGAUUGCAGAUUGGAUUGCGAUGAAUGUUGGGAAGGAGAUUAAGGCUGAGUUUUCGUAG